CGGCCAUCAUCGCCGCAUUUCAGCAACUACGCUCUAACUUUCUUAUUAUCAUCUUCUUUCUUCAACUUAUUUGUUCAAUUUUAUCUUCAUACACAGUACCGAUUGAGUAAUAUCAAUCAGUCUGUACGAGCUCGCCACAAAGACAUUGGAUAUAUUGGGAAGCGGCUAGUCCAAAUCUACCCCGUAUCUCAAGCUGCCUAGUCUAGCAAAGGGUAGUUUUUUCUGAAAUGCUGAUAUCGAAAACAUUCAUUUGUAGAUCAUUUCAAAUCAAUGCAACCCGUGCUUAUAGGUUGUCGAAAGAAUUGGUGGAAAGUGGUGAGUCAGCUAUAACUCUUUCUCCCGAUGGAGCAGUCGUCGUUUGUUGGCAUCCAGUCAGAAAAGUUCCUUAUGAGUGUACUAAACCUAUUUCACAUAACAUUAAAUCGCUACGUACUCCAACUUCUCCUCUAAAAAUCAAUGUACCCGAUACAAUCAUCAAAAAUUCUGCAGAGCCUACUGUAGUAGAACUUUCAAAAGCUUUCGGUGUUCCAUGGUUUCAUUUUCGACCUAGGAGAAGUCAAAAAUCUCGUUCACCUUACUUUUGGGCCCCACUUAAAGAACGAAAUAACUUGUAAACUUUGAAUGACAAACAUAUUCCAAUCACCAAAAAGUUUCAUAGAUUAAAAAGCAUUAGUUUUUUGUCGU